AUGGUAGAGGAGCCUACCUUCAGGUCGGCUGCUAGAAACGGAGGAGGGUUCAGCCACCUUCCUGCCCUGUCCGCCCUCCGGGGGGGGGCGGGGGAGACAAAGAAAAGCUGGGGUUCUCGGUGGCAAAGUGAGGCGCCCAGUGUUCUCUGCGUGUCAUUAAAGCCCGCGUGGCGCGCGGGCGCCGGAUGCCCGGACGCCCUCCGCCCCGGGCCCACCGCGUGCGGGGCCGGGCGGGACGCGGUCGCCGGCGGUCCGCCAGCCGUCCCCCCGGGCGCGCACGCGCAGUGGCUCACCGGCCACGCCGCGGCUGUUGUGGGUCGGUGGGCGGGGCGGCUGGCUGCCAGAGCGAGGCGUCGCCGCACCGAGAGCCGGCGCGGGGCUCGGCCUUCCUCAGCGCCGGGAGGCGGGCGGCUUGCCGAGCGUGCGAGCGGCCGGUGUGUUUCUCCACGUCGCUGUCUUCCGGACUCCCGGCCGGCGGUCGGCAUGGCCCGUGGAAAUCAAAGAGAACUUGCCCGCCAGAAAAAUAUGAAAAAGACCCAGGAAAUUAGCAAAGGGAAAAGAAAAGAGGAUAGCUUGACUACCUCUCAGAGAAAGCAGAGGGACUCUGAGAUCAUGCAGCAAAAGCAGAAGAUAGCCAAUGAGAAGAAAUCGAUGCAGACAAGAGAAAAAUGAUGACUGGCUUUGUGGAAAACGCGGGUGCUAUUGCCAGUGGGGUGCAUCAUAAGCUCUAAGAUCAAAAUUUCUCAGAGUGACUAAUGGUUACAUGUGUCAUAACUUAUCCUUAUAAAACUGACUGUUUUAAACUUUACUUUUCAGCCUUACUUACUAUGAUGUUUUAAGACCAUUCUUCAAAGAAUAAAGUACUGACCAUGCAUGUAA